AUGCAGCACCCAAGCGUACUAAACCACCUCACAGACUCCAGUGUGGUUAUAUUCACAGUGAAAAUCAAUCGUGACCUUGAAUGUUUUCUCCAAGACGACUACAACUUCGAAACGACACUCCGACUACUAAAUGACCUCCCCGCGCAGGCCAAGAUCCAAUCCCUCGCGUCACCACCAUGCAAGAUCAAGGCAUUGGUGACUCAUCUCUUCACGCGAUACGUGCUCAAUUUCCUUCUCCAAAACCCCCAUUUCCAAGAGAUUGUGUACCGAUACACCGAGUACGGCAAGCCGAUGAUUGCAGGACUUGAAUUCAAUUCAAGCUCCUCGAACGACAUCGUCGCUGUCGCCGUCACCAAACGUCAUCCCAUCGGGGUGGAUUUAUCGCAUCGGUAUCAGAAUGUGAGCGAUGUCAACUACAUGGACCAAUUCAGGCCAAUUUUUCACGACGAUGAAAGCGUGGGGUCGUAUUUCCAGUUUAAUCUACUCUGGACUUUGAAAGAGGCGUUUACGAAGUUGUUGGGGUGUGGGUUGAAUGUUGACUUGUCGCAUUUUUGUUUUAGUGGGAUGGAAAGUUUCACCGAGGAGGAAUACAGCGGAGGCAUCAGCGAUGGCAUCAGCGGGGAAAGAAAUCUCGAGGUGGUACUGGAUUGUGAAUGGGAUAGAAUCGAUUUAAAUUGGUGCGAUGCGAUAUCUAUCAACGCCGAUAGACUCUUCCAUGACCAUAGCAAAUACGUUGAGAAUUGGAAGAAUGAGUUUUAUUGCUACAGCUCGGUUCUUGAGCCUGGUAGUGGUGAAGAAGCAACACCGACACCGUCGCUUCCUGUUAUCAUGUCCGUCAUUACACCAUUCAAAGUUGGCGAGCUAAUCUGCUACGAGGUAAACAUGUUGAAAAUAUUGAGUCAAUACGUGUAA